AUGGCGAAUGGUAAUGGUGUAUCCAUGGAACUCGAUCGUGUGGGAGUCAAGAUUGAUUACAGAACUAGACCACAACGUUUCUCUUGUCAAGAUCCAGAAGCACUCGCCACUGGACUACGUCAUCUUGAACAACAUGGAUACACAGUUAUAUCGGAUGUACUGGAUGAGACCGAAGUAAACACCGCCAAGAAUCUAAUUUGGCAACAUUUAGAGGGACUCAAACCGCCAUAUAAGAUAAAACGUGGACAACUUCAUACAUGGAAUCAAUGGCCGGGUAAACACGAAGCCGGUAUUGUUGAAGAUUUUGGAUCUGGGAAUUCACAAGCUCAAUGGUUUAUUCGUUCUGUACCUGCGGUAAAAAAUGUCUUCGCUGAAAUCUGGCAUACUCGAGAGUUAUUGUGCUCUAUGGAUGGUAUUGGUCUAUUCAGACCCUGGCAUUUGAAUCCACAACUUCCACAAAGAGGCUUACAAAAUGAAAACAAUUCAUGGAAAACCGUUGGCGCUAAUUGGCAUGUUGACCAAAGUCCCGUCACAAAACCCAAUCGAGUGUGCGUACAAGGUAUCAUCAAUCUGUUGCCAGCUGACGAAACGACCGGUGGAUUGAUGGUGAUACCCGGCUCACAUAAUCGAUUUCAUGAAUUACUCUCCGGCUGGAGAAAAUCGGGAAAUAACUGUAAAGUUCCUGUGUAUCACGAAAUUUUGCAAGAAGGAUAUGGUUUGUUAGUCCAAGCUGACCCGGGCGAUUUGUUAUUGUGGGACUCUCGUACCGUUCAUUGCAAUACACCUUCCUUCGUCACCCCACCGCCACCAAACAACUUAGAAACGCCCAGCUUAUUGAGAAUGGUUAGUUACAUUUGCAUGACACCAUUAGCGUUCGCAGAGAAUCCGGAUGAAUUAAUUGCCGCUCGACUGCACGCAUUUCGUUAUCGACUGACAACGUCACACUGGCCGCACGAAUUUCAGAUUAUGGGAGGCGAAGUGUCAAGGGGUGAAAAUAAUAUUCAGUUGACAGAUUAUCAGCGAAACCUAAUUUUAGGGAUUGAUCAAUAA